CUCUACUGUUAUCAAAUCAACUUCAUAUCUCUACUGUUAUCAAAUCAACUUCAUAUCUCUACUGUUAUCAAAUCAACUUCACAUCUCUACUGUUAUCAAAUCAACUUCAUAUCUCUACUGUUAUCAAAUCAACUUCAUAUCUCUACUGUUAUCAAAUCAACUUCAUAUCUCUACUGUUAUCAAAUCAACUUCAUAUCUCUACUGUUAUCAAAUCAACUUCAUAUCUCUACUGUUAUCAAAUCAACUUCAUAUCUCUACUGUUAUCAAAUCAACUUCAUAUCUCUACUGUUAUCAAAUCAACUUCAUAUCUCUACUGUUAUCAAAUCAACUUCAUAUCUCUACUGUUAUCAAAUCAACUUCAUAUCUCUACUGUUAUCAAAUCAACUUCACAUCUCUACUGUUAUC